CCUUCAAUUAGAACUUCCAAAUUAAUCCCUUAAAGUUUAAUCUUUUUAGAUUAUUACUCUAUUUCUUAGCUUCCAAUUUAAUUUAGUUGAGAUAUAAAUUUCUGGGUUGGGUUGCAUUUACAUUCAUUUUACCUCUACUUUAAUUCAAGUUUGUUCUCUGAAAGAUGAAGGUUUUUGUGUUUAUGUUUAUGUUUAUGGCACUUAUGCUGCGUGGUUGUGUUACUAUUAAGGAAUGCACUAACAUUCCGACUCAGUCACAUACGUUUCGGUAUGAGCUAUUUGCAUCAAAGAAUGAGACAUGGAAGAAAGAAGUGAUGUCUCAUUAUCAUGUGACACCAACUGAUGAAUCUGCUUGGGCAACUUUGCUUCCAAGGAAGAUCUUAUCAGAAGAAAACCAACAUGAUUGGGCUUUAAUGUAUAGGAAAAUCAAGAAUUUGGGUGUGUUUAAGCCACCAGUGGGAUUUCUGAAAGAAGUGCCACUUGGGGAUGUGAGGUUGCUGGAAGGUUCGAUUCACGCUGUGGCACAGCAGACUAAUUUGGAGUAUUUGUUGAUGUUAGAUGUUGAUAGGUUGAUUUGGAGCUUCAGGAAGACGGCUGGUUUACCGACUCCUGGUAAUCCGUAUGGAGGAUGGGAGGAACCUAAUACUGAACUCAGAGGGCAUUUUGUUGGGCAUUACCUGAGUGCAUCAGCGCUAAUGUGGGCCAGCACAAAGAACGAUAGCCUGAAGGAGAAAAUGUCGGCUCUUGUUGCCGGUCUAUCCGCCUGUCAAGAAAAAAUUGGAACAGGAUAUCUCUCUGCAUUUCCGCCAGAGUUUUUUGAUCGGUUUGAAAAUAUUCAACCUGUUUGGGCUCCCUAUUACACCAUUCACAAGAUUUUGGCCGGCCUGUUGGAUCAGUAUACUGUAGCUGGAAACCCUCAAGCUCUAAAAAUGGUGACAUGGAUGGUCGAUUACUUUUACGACCGAGUGGUGAAUGUUAUAUCGAAGUACACUGUAAACAGACACUAUCAAUCACUGAAUGAGGAAACUGGAGGAAUGAAUGAUGUCCUUUACAAAUUAUACAGCGUAACGGGGGAUUCAAAGCAUCUAUUGUUGGCUCACCUUUUCGACAAGCCAUGCUUUUUAGGAUUGCUUGCCGUACAGGCUAAUGACAUAGCUGACUUUCAUGCUAAUACACAUAUCCCAAUUGUCGUUGGAUCUCAAAUGCGGUAUGAAGUCACAGGUGAUCCACUUUAUAGGGAAAUCGGGUCAUUCUUUAUGGAUAUUGUAAACUCUUCUCACAGCUAUGCGACUGGAGGGACAUCAGUCCGUGAGUUCUGGAGUAAUCCAAAGAGAAUUGCAGACAACCUUGGAACAACAGAGAAUGAAGAAUCAUGCACAACUUAUAAUAUGUUGAAGGUUUCACGGCACCUGUUCAGAUGGACCAAAGAAGUCACUUAUGCAGAUUAUUAUGAGCGUGCCUUAACGAAUGGUGUACUCGGAAUUCAAAGAGGAACAGAUCCUGGUGUGAUGAUUUAUAUGCUUCCUUUAGGUAUUGGGGUUUCGAAAGCUAAAACUGGACAUAGUUGGGGAAAUCCAUUUGACACUUUCUGGUGCUGCUACGGAACAGGAAUUGAAUCAUUCUCAAAGCUGGGAGAUUCCAUCUAUUUUGAAGAGGAAGGGAAUAGUCCUAGUCUAUACAUCAUUCAGUAUAUAUCAAGCUCAUUUAAUUGGAAAUCUGGGAAAACAUUGCUCACCCAGACAGUUGUUCCAGCAGCUUCGUCGGACCCUUACCUGCGAGUGACAUUUACCUUCUCUUCUAAUGAGAAAACUGGGACUUCAUCCACAUUGAACUUUCGUGUACCAUCUUGGAGUCACGCAGACGGUGCCAAGGCGAUAUUGAAUUCUGAAGCUUUAUCUCUUCCAGCUCCAGGGAAUUUCUUGUCAAUCACGCGACAGUGGAGUGCCGGUGACAAGCUGACCCUUCAAUUGCCUCUUAUCAUCAGAACAGAAGCCAUAAAAGAUGACAGACCGGAAUAUGCAUCAGUUCAAGCUAUUCUUUACGGGCCAUAUCUUCUUGCCGGUCACACCACCAGAAAUUGGGACAUCAAAGCCGAUACUAACAAAGCUGUUGCAGACUGGAUUACUCCAAUUCCAUCCAGUUACAAUAGCCAACUAGUUUCUUUUUCACAAGACUUUGAUCAAUCAACUUUUGUUAUAACAAACUCAAACCAAUCACUUACAAUGCAAAAAUCACCUGAACCUGGCACUGAUGUCGCUCUUCAAGCAACCUUUAGACUUAUCCUAAAAGGCGCUGUUAGUAAAACUGUGAUGCUAGAACCAAUUGAUCUUCCUGGAAUGAUUGUAAGUCACCAAGAACCAGACCAACCUCUUAUUGUUGUAGAUUCCUCCCUUGGCGGGCCUUCUUCAGUUUUUCUUGUGGUACCAGGCUUGGAUGGACGAAAUCAAACAAUAUCUUUACAAUCACAAAGCAAUAAAGAUUGUUACGUGUAUAGCGAUAUGAGCUCUGGUUCAGGAGUUAAGCUAAGGUGCAAGUCUGAUUCUGAAGCUAGUUUUAACCAAGCAGCAAGUUUCGUUUCCGGGAAAGGAUUAAGGCAAUACCAUCCUAUCAGCUUUGUGGCUAAAGGAGGAAACCAGAAUUUUCUUUUAGAGCCAUUGUUCAACUUUAGGGAUGAACACUAUACAGUUUAUUUCAACAUUCAAGGUUGAUACAAUAUAUGUUUAUUUCAACAUUCUAUUGAUUUGAAAUAAACAAUAUAUGUAAGUUUCACCUACAAAGUUCAAAUAAUCAAAAUUUAAUUUUAUAAAAAAAUGAAAUUUAAUUGUAGAAAGAUUAGUCGUUGAA